UAUGUAGAAAACGCUUGCAAACGUUAGGGAUGCAAUCAAGUCGUAUUCAGUUCAGUUGUUUUGAAAAGUUGUUUUGUUUUUAUUUGUUUGGGUCGUCAGACCAAACAAAUAAUGGUAGCGAAAUUUCAGACCCUUAUGUCCUUAUUUGCAAAAGUAGUCCAAACUCCUCGAAGCGGUUACUUCCCUUUAUAUGUACACUAACGCAAACAAAUUUAAAGGGCGUUAAAUGUGUAAAGAUUGUCAAAUGACAUGCGCAUUAAUUUUCAAACCUUCUCGGGGAAGAAAAAGUAGUUCCCGAUUGAUCGAAUAUUUCUAAUAUUUUGCUAUUCUUUAUAGAUAUACAUGCUUAUAUUAAGCUCCAUGAUUAUUUACAUCAGUGUUAAACAACAGGUUGACCGUGAACAAAAUAUAUCGAAAUUAAUAAGGGUUACAAACCCUAAAUUAGAAUGACGUGGUUUUCUUCAGGCUGUUAUCUUAUAAAUUCCCUGUGGUCAAGGGUUUUACACGCUCGCUUUGGAAGCGAGAGGUCCGGAGUUCAAGUCCCAGUUAAGGCAACAAAUGUUUUUUUGUUUGUUUUUUUUAAUCUCACAACUGUCUGACAUUCUGAGACCCAAACAAAUUCAGCGCCUUCUGUGCUUUGAUUUAUUCCCUCUGCAAGGAACGCGCAUAUUCACCAUACGCUGCUGGAGAGCUUAUUACCGGAAACAUUUCUAGUACAUACAUAUACAUUAUAGUUGGAACGUUUAUUUUCCUCACUUGCCUGUCACGCAGAUAAUAUCUGAAAGAGAAAGAAAAUGUGUCGGAGAUUAUCAACAUUACUGCAGUUUGGGACGUUAUUAGGUUUCAAAAUAACUUUGAAUUCAAAAAAUGCGAGAUAUGUUACUUGGCGAGGAUUAUAUUGAUUAUUACACAGUCUCAGUUCAGUUAAUGGGCAGGAAACGAAGAUGUCGUACUAUACGUCUAAACUGACAAACAAGGACUGUCUUAACUGGGUCAGGGCGCACCUUGCUGUAUCUGAAGCCAAAGCUGGCUUACAGGAUGUCGUCUGCGACACGUUGCAAGUUCGUCAUCAGAAGAUUAUUAAGCCUGUCACAACUCAAACUCUCAGUAACUUCCGGUGCUCAAGUUGCUACACUCAGACAAUUAUUUGCUGUUCAUUAUACACUUGUAAUCGCGUUGGAAGAAAGUGAUCGAAGCAUCAACAAUUUAGACCGUGCCCAAAUGGAGUGUGUGACAAGAUACGGGAUAGAAUUAUAACAGAUCAUAGACACUCCAAUCCUUCCUGGAAGAAUACUCGUGCAGAACUUUGGAACACAUCCUACUGGGAGUAUGCUAAAUGUUUUAUGCCCCUUGAGGGGUAUUCCGACAAAAAUGCCUAUUCAGAAACAGACCUAAAUGGAAUCAUAAGUAUAUUGUUAAACCAGAAUGAUUUUGUUAACGAAGUCGACGAUUCCAUUUGUCAUAAGGCACGACAUUUAUUGAACAAUUUGAGACACAAUUCAGAUAUGUUACUUAGUGACCAGAUGUUAGAAGAUGUCGUCUGCACACUACAACAACUUCUGUCCUGUUGUGAGAGUUUCAAGAAUUAUUCCAAGACCUCAGACGCUCGAGCCAAAUUAGAACAGUUGAAAGCUGGUUCUUUUGCUUUACCUGAAGGAUAUGGACAGCAGUGUCUACAGAGUCAAAUUCUUACGAAUGACUUGAUACAAUUCAACAAAGAUAUACAUGGAACGAUACCUAUCUCCCCGUUGUUUGAAGAUAUUGACAUGGCAGUUCCCGACGUUUAUGUCCAGCCUACAAUCAACAGGGUUUUGUCGGGCUGCCCAAACGCCAAAAAAGGCCAAAGAACAGCACGUAUAUCAUCUUUGAGAGAAAUAUUUCACGAUCAGAACGGACCGUAUCGUGAAAUAUAUUUAUGUGCAGAAACCGGGCUUGGAAAAUCGGUAUUUGGAAAACGGUUAGCUUUGAUAUGGAGCCAAGCGAACGAAUCUGACAAAAUCCAGAGAAGCUUUACCCAAGACGAAAUCGAUGCAAUCAAUUAUUUCGAUUUUGUAUUUUACAUUUCCUUAAAAGAAUCUGAUCAGACUCAUAUUGACGUUGAUGAAAUGAUACAGCAACAGAUCAUUGGACAUCUUGCGCAUGCGACACACUACAGCCCUGAAUUUCUUGAACAUAUCUUAUCAGACAGAGACAGAAAAUGUCUGAUUAUUCUAGAUGGUCUCGACGAAUGGUCACAUGAAAAAGGGAAUAUUCCAAUGAGAAGACCCAGGCAGUCUUGCACAUUUUUAACCACCACUCGCCCUUGGAGAUAUACAGUGGCUAGAAUAAAACAAAGUAAGAUUGAUCUACAGCUAGAAAUGAUAGGUAUUGAUAAAGAGGGUAAGAAAGCUUUAAUAACAAACAUAUUAAAACAUUUCGGUAGUUGUGACGAUCAGUCGGAGUUGGAGAACAGUUUGAAGGAAUUUGAGAAAAAAGUUGCAAGAAGAAACGUCAAUGACCUGGAGACUAGUCCAAUGUUAUUAUUAUACAUGAUAUGUCUCUGGCAGGAUGGGAAACCAUUAGGUGAUUCUCGUUGUGAUUUAUACUGUAACAUCUUAGAGAUGCUACUACAAAAGGUAGCACAACGACAGCAACAGGAGGUAGAAAUUAACCAGAAUGACAGUACUUACAAACCAGAAUGCUUCAAGGGAAAGGAGCAUUGUUGUAAGAACAUUCAUUUCGUGAAGAAAUUGUCGCAUCUUGCUUUCCUAACUCUCUUCAAUCAAAGUUCAGCAGAAAAUAGGCUGGUAUUUAAUGAAGACAUAGCAAAGAAAAACAUGUCAGAAAGUUGCAUUGAAUUUUGGCUGAAGACCGGCAUAUUAACUCAGAUAGUACGGAGUAAACGAUUAACAUCACGUGAUAUAAGAAUAUCCUUUAUACACAAAACUUUUCACGAGUUCUUGGCUGCUCUCCAUGUAGCAUUUAACCAAAAAGAGACAAACAUUGUGAUUAAAUCAUGUCCAGAUAUAAAUUCAGUUUUACUGAACGCAAGCUGUUUACAGAAUCUAUGUGGGCUCAGUCCAACUGCAAGUCAAACAGUUCUAAACGGGAUAGCAAAUGUUAUUUCAAACAGUUGUCAAACAAAAAGUCUCCGGAGAAAUACGUACGCUUUCGCAGACUACUGGGAAAUGUGUGAUUUGAAACAAGAUUUCCAGAAUGUAAUUGUAGCGUGUGUGAAUGAAUGCAGAGACAAUCGGCACGAACCUCGUUAUCAGUUGGAAGAUGUGUUUCUGAAUUUUGAUGGUGAACCUGAGAGCCAGUAUGUAUCAUCAUUGAUUGAUUUACUAAUGCACUCAGAUGAUGAAUCGUUAAGGCACACAGGUGUUAAAUCAAUCAAAUUUGGACGCGCUCUUUCCCGCAAAAGUGUCCAUGAUCUAAGACUGCGACUGGGCGUGGAUAAAAUGAAAUCACUGCAAAAACUGGAUAUAUGGGGUCAUCCUUGUAGUAAAGAUGUUGAAAUGAUGCUAGGCGCGUCUCCGGACACAUUAGAGUGUCUUCUUCUCCACGGGUGCGAAAUGAAAGGAACAAAAGAAAUUGAAAGGUACAUUGAAGUAUCUGAAGAAAGUGUUAAUAAACUGAUGUCUUUAAAGGUUUUGGAAAGCAUCGACCUUUAUUGUAUAUCAAUGAAUCAUAGACAGAUAGAAAAAGUAGUAAAGUGGAUAGAAGGUAGGAAGUCGAUGAGACAAAUUAAAAUAGCCCGGGUAAAAUGCCUAGAUCAUGAGAAUAACAAUUGUGUUGCGCGUAUACUGGAUCUGUCUGAACACAUGCAACUUGAUGUCAUUGGUGUUGGAAACAUGUGCGCUGACCAGGUAAAGGUCAACCCCUUAUCAAUACGGGAAUUUUGGGGAGAAUGCAACCAGGCUAUGGUCACGUCAUUCUUGACCGACUACGCUUCGUCCGCCAUCAAUAUUCGUACAUUAGUUAUUGAAUUCAUAGAUUCAUACGAAACUGUCAAAAAGAUAUUAAGUACAUUAACUGAUUUUGAACACUUAGUUAACCUACAAUUGAAAGGUCUUGACCUGCAAAGAAACGAACUUAUAUUGUCGAGACACAAAACUGUUGAACACGUGCGACUUAUUGAAAUAACUAUGGAGAAUCAAGCACUGAGAAGCUUGUUUGAACAGUUAAGUACAUAUAAACAUAGUGUUACAGUAGAAAUCGCCUCGUGUAACGUGGAGCAUGAGAACGGUACCGAAAAUUAUGAAGAACUAAGACAGGAAAUAGAGAUGUCGUCUGAAAAGUACUCUGUAAUUGCCAACCUGAAAUGCUCCGGACACGACAAUGCUUUUGCGUUCAGAACACUGUCUUCAUAACAUGGUUUGGUUGUUGGGUCCUUCGAAUGGUGACACAGAGAUUAACAAGGAUGACGUUUCUAUACGAGAGGUGGAGUUUAAGUUUGAGAGUACAAAAUAUUUCAGUAUUAUAUCCUCAGCAUUCAGAUAUUAAAACAUAUAUAAAACAUACAUUUAUUUCAAACAAUAGAACGUUUUUAUGAUGCAAAUGAAUAUGUCCUAUCAAUCAGCAUUACUUAUCAUGGUUAUCAUAAAAGUGGUUUGGAAAAAUUCAAGUGUGGACUGUUAUCUAAUCAUAUUUCCAUUGUGAUCCAUAUUUCCAUUAGUUAGAUCUUGGCCUUCCGGAAAACUGCAUCUCUGUGCAAGUUUUUUCAAAAAAUUAUGUCUAUUAUGAAGAAAAUGUGUCCCUCAUCACUAUAAACAGCAUAAAACAGAUUCAAAAUUGA